AUGUCACACAAAACUGGUCAAUCCGACGAGACUUGUCACUUUGGUGGUGGCGCGGCUCUGUUUUCCAUUGCUCUCGUUGCUGCAAGUCAACGUAGUACAAACGGGCCCCAAUUGGCUCGGAGGAGCCUCCCUGAGCUAGAGGCAGCAGCAUGUGGUGGUAAAGGGUUGUUGUACAGGAAAAGGUUCAUGUCAAGUCAUUCAAAAGUCACUCCCAUUCUGAAUGGUUACGACAGGGCGAAAAGAGAAGCCAACGAAGACGAAAGGAAAAGGGAAAAAAGGGGGGCGUCUACCAACAGAACCUACCAUCUCACCCCUCAGGGCCCAAAAUCAGAGAGAGAGAGAGGGUGGUCAUCUCAUGGAUCGCAAGCCACAGCCCAGAGCCAGGGCAGGGCAGCCGCCAACGCCGGACUUCGACGCCCAUUAGGUGUGGACCCACCUUUCAAACCCCUGGGAGUCGAGGCUGAUGCUCCCAUGCGUCUGUGCGUUUAG